AUGAUGAACAAUAUCGUUGUAAUGGAUGUAAAACUCUUGGAACCGGACAAAGAUACCGGUGCCACGGAUGUGAUUUCGACUUGCACGAAUACUGUGGAACAUGCCCCGAAACCCUCUCUUCAACCAUGCACCAACACCCCCUCACCCUGGUGCCGGCAAUGCCAUUUUGACAUACACCUGGAGUGCAUAUUAGUACCUAUUGUGCAGUGCCCACAAAAGCCCCUAGAGAAUUCGCAAACUACUCAGCGUGGAAUCCCCAUGUUUGACCAAGGCAUUCCUUUUCGGCCCCCACCGCAAUACAGUGGUUAUUAUGGCUAUGGAUUCCCCUAUGGCUAUGGUUAUGGCCCUGGACAUAACAUGUACAAUGGUCCGAUGUAUGGGCAUCCGGUGUAUCCCAACAAUUUUGUGCAGCAGAAUCAACUGUAG